GAGACUGCGCCAGCAACACAGCCGCUCAGAGGGUCCCAGACGCCAGCCAGGCUCGGACCCUCCCCCGGGGCCGCCUGCCUGCUGAGAUGGGGACUUGGGCCCUGCUGCUCCCUCUGCUUGUGGCUGCGGCCCAGGCCCAGGUCUGCUCUGUGAACAAGACCUUCUUCGAAGUCAAGGAGAACACGAGUCCCGGGCUGCACCUCCUCGACAUCUACGUCCCUGAGGGCCAGCAGGUGACCCUCGGACCCUCGUCCACCCGUUUCGCAUUUCGGAUCCAGGGGACUCAGCUGUUUCUCAAUGUGACCCCGGACUACGAGGAGAACUCAAGGCUGCAAGCAGUCCUGGAGUGCAAGAGGGAUGACACUGUGGUGACCCAGCUGAGGGUGUUCGUCUCAGUGCUGGAUGCCAACGACAACCCGCCCAGGUUCCCCUUUGUAGUCAAGGUCCAAAGGGUGCCAGAGGACACUAAAGUGAAGGCCGUCGUCAUCCCCGAGACAGAGCUGAAGGCCCAGGACCUCGACAGAAAUGACAUCCUGUUCUACACCCUCCAGGAAGUGACCCCGGGUGCCAGCGGCUUCUUCUCUUUGGUGGGUGCGAACCGCCCAGAGCUGCGGCUGGACCGGUCACUGGACUUCGACAGGUGGCCGAACAUGACCUUCCAGCUGCUGGUCCGGGACACGCGAGAGGAGAACGUGGAGCCCAGCCACACGGCCACGGCCACAUUGGUCCUGGAGGUGCAGCCCGCCGACCUGCGGCCCCCCUGGUUCCUGCCCUGCACGUACUCUGACGGUUUUGUCUGCAUCCACGCCCAGUACCACAGAGCUGUGCCCACAGGCCACACACUGUCAGGACCCCUCAUCCUGCAUCCUGGGCCCAUCUACGCCGUGGACGGGGACCGGGGCAUCAAUCAACCCAUCGUGUACAGCAUCAUCGGGGGAAACGAGGAUGGCUUGUUCUCCAUUGAUGCCAACACAGGCAACCUCACCGUGACCAAGAGCAUUCCCAGCCCCAAGACGUUCUUUCUGCUGGUCAAGGGCGAGCAGGCGGAUCACGCCAGAUACUCGGUGACCCAGGUCACGGUGGAGGCCCGGGCCGCCGGUGGGAGCCCGCCCCGCUUCCCCCAGAGCCUGUACCGCGGCGCUGUGGCGCUCGGCUCUGGGGUGGGCGUGGCCGUCAGGGAUGCAGCUGCCCCCUCCCAGCCUCUGAGGAUCCGGGCCCAGGAUCCUGAGUUCCCAGACCUCAACUCGGCCAUCACGUAUCGGAUCACCAACAACUCUGACUUCAGAAUGGACGGGGAGGCCGUGCUGACUGGCGCUUCACUGGUGCACGCCGGGGUCUUCUAUGCAGAGGUUGAGGCCAACAACACGGUGACCUCAGGCACAGCGACCGCGGUCGUGGAGGUUCGAGUCUCAGAACAGGAACCCACCCCCACAGGCCCCCCCACGUCCUCAGAGACAGCAGGAACAACCAGAGCCUCGAGCGGCACCACGUCGGAAGCCCCCCGGCCCCCUGAGCCCUCUCAGGGGUCCUCCACGACCAGCUCUGGGGGGGACAGCGGCCCACACCCCUCCUCAGGCACAACUCGGAGGCCACAGGCCUCCUCGAAGCCUGGGGGGCUCCCCAGUGUGGGAACCAGCCCCUCCCCCCCAUCAGCCUCACCCAGCGGGGGCUCAGCACAGACCUCGAAGCCGGGAACCUCUCUGCCAAAGUCCCCUGGGCCCAGCAGCACCCUCCGGCCCACAGCAGGGACGUCCGGGACCGGAGGAGGCAGCACGACAGUGGACGGCAGGCCAAGUGGAGGCCCCGCUGAGGACCGGCGCUUCUCGGUGGUGGAGAUGGCGGCGCUGGGCGGGGUGCUGGGCGCGCUGCUGCUUCUGGCGCUGAUUGCCCUCACGGUGCUCGUCCACAAGCACUAUGGCCACCGACUCAAGUGCUGCUGCGGCAAAGCGCUGGAGCCCCAGCCCCAGGGCUUUGACAACCAGGCCUUCCUCAACAACCCCGACGAGGCCAACUGGGCGCCAGCUCCUAGCCCCUCAUCCAGUCCCGCCCCGCCGGCUCCCCCAGAGCCUGCACCCCCAGAACCCAAGCCCCCCAGCCCGGAGACCCUCCGCCGAGUCCCCGAGUCCCCUGCGGUGGCCCUGGAUGGGGACGGCCCGGCAGCUGUGAGGUCCAUCCUGACCAAGGAGCGGCGGCCUGAGGGUGGCUACAAGGCGGUGUGGUUCGGCGAGGACAUCGGGGCCGAGGCCGAUGUGGUGGUCCUCAACACGCCUGCCUCGGAAGUAGACGGUGCUGGCAACGAGGGCAGCGAGGGCAGCGGCGACGAGGGCGCAGAGGUGGGCCUGCGCGGGGGCGCCCAGCGCGCGCCUGGCUCCGACUCCAUCUACCUCUAGCGUGGCCGCCCCUCCUCUCCCGGCGGGUCGGGAUCACCAGAGUCGGCUUGGUCGCUCUCCCCCCACUCCAUUGUGCAGAAUAAAGUGACA